AUGGUCGACUACUACCACCAGAUACAAGAACGCAAGCGCCUGAAAAUGACUAAGAUAACGGCAUAUGAGAACCUCAGCUUCAUGAAAGGAACAUCCGUAGCAGUUGAGAGGCUGUUUAGUGCAGAUAAAUACGUGAUGACGGACCGCCGAUCCCGCCUGACUCCUGGCAUGUUCGAAGCCAUUAUGUUUCUCAAGAUAUUUAUGGAUGGGGACGCGAGCGUGACCAGACAGGACAUUGCCACUCGACGUGUGGCUCUCUACUUAAAGCUGAAGAAACCUGUGAUUCUUGAGCCCAAUGCUGUUGUGACGGGACUUGAGAGUCCCAAGUUGAGACUUAAAUGA